GUUUCAGUUUCCCUCCGCUCCGCCGAUCAUGGCCCCAGUCAUCCGUGUCGGGAAGGUCCUUUUGGGUACAGUCUACCCCAAGCGUCCGUGUUGGCGCUCUUUACUCGCGUGUUCUCUUGAUUCAAAUCACCCAAUUAUAAUUCUGGGGUGCCUCUGUAGUGUCCUCUAAACAACACAAAAAAAACACCAAACAUUCACAAAGCUGGGGUUCACGAGGGCGGGCUUACUUACUGUCUUCCUGAACUGUACUAACCCCACCCUUGUCUUGGAGCGUCCAUCCCCCCACCAACGUGCGGGAAGCAAGAUGCACCAGUGGCCACCGAAUUGUUUCCGGUCUUCCCCGGCCCUUCGCGGUAUAAAGUCGGCCGUUGGGCCCAGGGUGGUCAGACGGCGAUCGUGUGGCCCCAUCGCAACUUGCAGACUACAGAGCAGCCUAGUUCACCAUGCUGACUCUCAUAGUAAGCGACAGAGCCUCGCCUGCAGAAACGGGUCCCGGGUGUCGCCAACACGAGACUGACCUUCUUCCUGUGCAGGUGGCAGUUGUUUUGGCGGUGGCAGGGUCUUCCCUUGGUGCGACAGUGGGCGUCGGCGUGGUCCCGGGGACCCUCACGGCCGGCUCGGCAGCCCUCGGCCGGAGGGCGGUGGGCGUCGGCGUCGUCCCCGGGGGCACGACGGUGGUCAGCGGCGGCAACCCGGUCAUCGCUCCGGGUGUAGGCGUCACGACGGUGAUCAAGCCGGACCGCAUUCCUGUGAUUCCGCAGUAUGCUCGCACGUUUGGCUCCUUCUCCGGCGGACUGGCGGGUGUCGCGGGCGUCGCAGGUGGCGUCUCGGGCUACAUCCGCGACCAGUGGGAGAACCGGGACGGGUCGUUCGUCCGCGGCGGCUACUCGCUCGUGGACGCGGACGGCUCUCUGGUCGUCGUCGAGUACUCGUCCGACCCCAUCAACGGCUUCCGCGUCAUCGUCAAGCGCAGCGGCUUCCCCGACUACUUCCUCGACUCGAUCGUCCUGGGUGGCGCGCUGCCUGGCGGCUACCUCCCGCCCUUCUACAGCGACUUCGGCUUGGACUACAGCGACGACUACUACGGCUACGACUACGACUACUACUACGGCGGCCUCGGUUACGACUACGAUCUGGACUAUGUGCCGUCCUACUACAGCAGCCUAGACUACGACACGUACGCGCCGACCUACCUGGACACCUACGACUACGACAUUGACCUGGACCUCGACUACCGACGCCGUCGGCGUGCGGCCCCAGCAGCCUCCUCGUCGUCAUCGUCGUGAUCCUGACUCGUUCGCUCGGUGAAUCGGAACCCGAGCACAGAUAAGCUUCUUCCUCGGGCGCGGGCUCUGGGAAGCAGGCUGCGCCUGCCCGUGCGCCGGAGGGACGCCCUCAUGGACGCCACACCCUCCCCGUCAGUGGAGGCAGCCUAGGAAGCCACCAAGCCACCCUGCUGCCUUGCCUGGCCGCCGACCAGGAACUAACUUAUUAUCGUUGCCAUUCGGACUGCCAGCUGGAGAGGACAGCACCACGGGCUGGCCGCUGAGCUGACACGGGCGGACUGCCAAGACGGCCAAGACGACCACGUCGUCGCCGUCGCCACCUCGACUGAGAGCGGUAGAGCAGCUGGGCUGCUGACCGCCACCGUCCUCAUUGUAUCUUUAUUUAAUCUCUAUCCUACCUGUAAGAAAGCUUUUGCAUUAUUUAUUUCGCUCAUCGAAACUUGUGCGUGUUGAUGUUGAUGUCGCAUGACGUGUUCCAUAACUCAAUAAACACCAUGCCUUGUGGAA